AUCUCAGGAGCAGAAGUAGAGGAGACCGGUUCAGAUGGCUGCAAUGACGACGACUGUAAAACCGUCGACUUUGACCUACUUGAUCCAACAACAUCUUAUCCGACAUGCCAAACCGAAGUCUCCAGCUUGUCUGUUCCGCAGACCCUUUUCACUAUUAAUCAGUAAACCCAAUCAGCAGCGUCGCUUCCCUUGCUUCUUCUUAUCCUCGUCGAUCUCCUCUUCUUUACGUCUCCAAUGUUGUCCUCAUAUCUCACUCUCUUCUCUCCUCCUACCUAAAUAUUUAUCUUCUGCUUGCGAACCAAAACAAGAUGGAGAUGAGGUGUCCUUACCCUCUCGUAGCGUGAAAAUGGAUGAAAACGAAGACGACAGAGAAAGUGGAACAAGUGCUCAAGAGGUGACGACUGAGAGCUCGCGAAUUAAGUUGUCGGCGAAGGAGAAGAAAAAGAUUGCUUCUUACGCGCACAGCCUUGGAGACAAGCUGAAAUGUCAACUCGUAGGCAAGUCAGGCGUCACGGAUUCAGUCGUCAUCUCCCUCCUAGAGACGCUAGAGAAGAACGAGCUAUUAAAGGUGAAAAUACACAGGACAUGCCCGGGAGUGCUCGAGGACAUGAUUUUGCAUUUGGAGGAAGCUACUGGUUCUGUAGCAGUCGGAAAAAUUGGGCGGACUGUAAUAAUUUAUCGUCCUAGUCCCACCAAUUUUGACAUCAAAGGAGGAUGUAGUUGAGUAGUAACAGAUUAGUUGUAACAUCCUUUUAUACACAGUGGAAUCUCAGGACUGGAUGGACUCGAAACAGAGCCAUCUAUGGAAAGACUUUUCCAUUUUUUCUGUUCUUCAAGAAAUACAAUCUCAAACAUAGUAUCAUUGAUCUCAACUGAAUGAAAAAUGCUGCUUUCUUCCU